AUGAAGAAUAAUGAAGAAAAGGAAUUACAGAGUUUGCGGGAUGAAAUUUUGGAAAUGACUAAAAGAUUGGAAAUUGCUGAUAAAGAAAAGGCGCAGGCUGGGGAAUUGGGAUUACAUUUAUUAAAAGAAAAAGAACAGUUGGAAUUGACACACGAGGCUCUUUUAAAAGAAUUCGAAGUAAUUCGUUCAGAACUUGAAAAAACACAACAAAAAUUAACUUUGUUUCGUUCUUCACAAUGUAAUGCUGAGGCUAAUGAAUUAAAUCAAGAAAUGGAUGAAGAUUCGGCAGCUUUAGAGGCUCGGUUUGCUGAUAAAGUGAAAACUUUGGAAUUGGCUAAAAAACAUUUACAAGAACAAUUAAUUGUUUAUAAAUCUGAUUCUGAAAGACUUCAACAAGAAUUAAUUUUAAUUCAAACAAGAGUAGAAGAAUUGGAAAUUGAAAGAAAAACAUUAAAAGAAGAAUUGAAAGAAUUACGUACUCGAGAGCAGCAAUUAAUUGGGGAAAAUUAUGAAUUGGAAGAAGAAAAUGUUGCUUUACUUAAACAAGUUUCAAAUCUGAGAUCUGCACAAAUUGAAUUUGAAUCAAUGAAAUUACAAAUAAAAGGAAUGUUGGAUGAAAUGAUUAUUUUACAAACAUCUGCUGAAGAAGCUGAAAAACUUCGUUCAUUGGCUGAACAUCAAGUGGCUGAUGCAUUGGCAACUGCUCAACAUGAAAGAGAACAUCGAUUGGCUUUAAAAAAGGAAUUUGAACAGGUUUUUAGAUUUCUAACUAUGUUAAUCUUUUUCAAGCUUCGUAAUCAAGAACAUUUAGCUUCAUUAAAUAGUUUAUAUUUGGGUAUUAAAGGUGCCCAUGAAGUUCAUGACAGAGAUACUAUGAAACAGUUGGAAAGUUCUUUUAUUGCUGAAGAAUCUUUAAAUUGUUUAAAAGGAAAUGAAAUUAUCAAAAACGGCAACAAUGGGGGAGAGAAAGAUCUUUUUUCAGAAUUACACGGAUCAGAAUUAACAGAACAAUUAAAUAAAUUUCAAACAGAAAAUCAACGUUUAAUUAAUUUACGUGCAGAACAAUCUAAACAAUUUGCCCAAAUGUUAAUUCCUUUUUUUCAAAAAUUGGAUAUUGGAAUUAUUGGAGUUAAUUUUGAAGAAUUUGAAUUAACAAAAUUAAAAGAAUAUAUGUCUUUGGCAAUGGAAAGACUUGAAGAACGUAUUGGCCCUCAAAAAGAAGCUAAAAAUAUGCAAAAACGUUUGGAAAAAUUAAAAGAAAGUCUUCGAAAGGCAAUAAUUUUAGCAGCAAGGAAGGAUGCUUGGUUAUUAAAUUCUCAACAGAUGAUUGUCCAAAUGGGACAAGCUUUAUAUUCUUUUUAUAUUGAAUUAAUUGUUGGGGAACAAAUUAAUAAUGAAAAAAUAACUCCAGAAUUGGAUAUUAAAUUAAAAAAUAUUAGUGAAUUAGUUGAUAAAUUAAAUUCUAUUGAGGAAUGUUUACAAACAGAAGAAGAAAGAGAAGAAAAUAAUUCUCAUCAUCAAUUAAAUAAUUCCUCUUCUUCUUCAAUUAAUUCUCCCCCACUUCUAACACCAUUACAAACCUCAUCACAAUCAAAUUCUUCAAUUUCUCCCCCACCAAUUGUCGAAGCACCCCCAGAUCCAAAACAACAACACCAACAAAAUAAUCGAUUAUUAAAUGUUCGUUCCCCACGUAUUACUCCAUUAAUGCCAGAAAUUUGUCGUCCAAUCUUUUCAAAAAAAUUUUUAGAAGAAAUUUCAUCAGCUAAAAUUUGUAAUAAUUUGGAAGAAAAUUUAAUUGAAGAAGAAAAUAUUUUAUUAAAAAAUUCAUUUCUCGAAGAAAUUGAUUUAAGAGAAAGACUUCCAAUAGAAGAAAAAAAUAAUAUCCAAACAUCAUUUAUAACAAUAAUUGAAUUAUUUAAAAUAAUUAAAUCGGCAACCGAAGAAAAAUUAUUAUUAAAUGGAAUUACUUUAAGAAAUAAAAAUGAAACAGAAAUUAGACAAGAAAAUAAUAAAUUAAAAGAAUUAUUGGCUGUUAAAAGGGAACAAGUUUCUUCUCUUCGGUCUGUUCUUCGUUCAAAUAAAAGUUCAACAGAAGGGGCAUUUAAUUGUUUAAAAGAAAAAUAUGAAUCAGAAAAUAAAUUAAAAGAUGAAACUUUGGAGAAUUUACGUUCCCAAUUAAAACUCUUUAAAGAAGAUGCUGCUACUUUUGCUUCUCACAGAGCAAUGUUUACUGCUCGUACAGAAGAUUUACAACAACAAUUAGAAUCAGCACAAAAUUUAUUAAAAACGGCAGACGAGGAAAAGAAAACAUUAAAUCAAUUACUUAGAAUGAGUAUACAACAAAAAUUAAUGAUUACCCAAAGAAUGGAAGAAUUGGAAAUGACUGCUGAAAGACAAUAUCAACAAAGAACUCCAACUUCUACAGACCCCCAUCAUCAUCACCACCAACCGCCAACAUUAAAAAGAGGAGGAAUGUCUUCAGGAACAUCAAGAAGUGGGGGAGGUGGAGGUCAAGGGGGAGGAGGAAUGACACGAACUGUUCGAUAUCCAGGGCCUUCAACAGCAAACCAACAAAAUGGUGGAAUAAACAGAGGAAAACAAUAAAAAAUAUUUUUACAAAAAUAGAUCUGCCUCUCUUAUUAGAAAAAUGGUAAAAUAUGGAAAAACGACACGACGGGUGACAGAAACCAAAAAAACCUUUUUGUAAAGAAGGAAAUAUUAAAA